AUGCCGCAAGGUCCAGACAGUCAGCAUACAGCAGACGAUGAUCAGUCUGUCAAGGGAUGCGCAAAACGCCAACUCACACGGCAGACAGCAGACAAGCCCUGCCGGCCGCUUCGGAGUCAGACUCGCAGGCGUUACGAGAUCGUCCUCUGCCGCCCUGCUUUUUCGUCGAACCCAGCCCGUGCACCCCGCCCAGUGCACUUCGGAGACGUCGUCAGCCAGAGGGAGCUAGCCGGCAUGACCGCACCUCAGCCUUCUGUUUAG